UAUUAUUAUUAUUAUUACUGUUCUAUCUUUAUUUGUUUUUUUUUCUUUGAUUCUUACAGAGUUAGCUGAAACCUCAGAAAGAUCUCUCAAAUGCAAAGUUUCUUAUUGAUUUGUUGAUCUUCUUCCUUUUCGACAAUGGGAGCCUGCACUUCGAAGCCUUCAAAAUCAAACCCAUUUUCCCCGAGAGAGGACCAGAAGAAUGAUAAUCCUGCCCCUACCCAAUUACCCAAAUCCCCACCUCCUCUUUCUCUCCCUCCGACCACGCCUUUCCUCCCUUUGUACACCCCAAGCCCCGCUCAUCGAUGGAAACCCAAGACUCCUUCAACUCCUCUCCACUUUUUCCGGCGGCCUUUUCCUCCUCCAUCUCCGGCCAAGCACAUCCGGGCUGUGCUGAGGCGGCGGAAGCCGAACAAGGAAACGCAAAAUGAGGCCAAAAUUGUGGAAGGAGAUGAGGAAGAGGAGGAAGAGGGAGGAGUUGAGUUGGAUAAAAGAUUUGGGUUUUCGAAGGAAUUGAGAAGUAAGUUGGAAAUAGGAGAGGAAGUUGGCAGAGGGCAUUUUGGGUAUACUUGUUCUGCUAAGUUCAAGAAAGGAGAAUUCAAAGGCCAGCAGGUUGCUGUUAAAGUUAUUCCCAAAUCCAAGAUGACAACGGCUAUUGCAGUUGAGGAUGUACGAAGGGAGGUGAAGAUAUUGCGAGCCUUGACAGGACAUAACAAUCUAGUGAAAUUCUAUGAUGCAUUUGAAGAUCAUGAUAACAUCUAUAUAGCAAUGGAGUUUUGUGAAGGAGGUGAGCUUUUGGAUAGAAUUCUUGCAAGGGGCGGAAAGUACUCGGAAGAUGAUGCAAAGACUGUAAUGGUACAGAUUCUAAAUUUUGUUGCUUUUUGCCAUCUUCAGGGCGUGGUGCAUCGAGAUCUUAAGCCAGAGAACUUUUUGUAUACUUCAAAAGAGGUGAACUCUAUGCUUAAGGCCAUAGACUUUGGAUUAUCGGAUUUUGUCAGACCAGAUGAAAGACUGAAUGACAUUGUGGGAAGUGCAUACUACGUGGCCCCUGAAGUUCUUCAUAGAUCUUAUAGUACAGAAGCUGAUGUUUGGAGUAUAGGUGUGAUAGCAUAUAUUCUUUUAUGUGGUAGCCGUCCGUUUUGGGCUAGGACUGAGUCAGGAAUUUUUCGAGCGGUCCUAAAAGCAGAUCCGAACUUUAUUGAAGAACCUUGGCCUUCCUUGUCUUCAGAAGCUAAGGACUUUGUUAAGCGCCUUUUGAAUAAGGACCCCAGGAAAAGAAUGACAGCAGCUCAGGCCCUAUGUCAUCCUUGGAUCCAGAAUCAUAAUGAUGUUAAGGUCCCUCUCGAUAUUUUAGUUUUUAGGCUUAUGAAUGCAUAUAUGCGAUCUUCAACUUUGCGGAAGGCUGCCAUAAAGGCAUUGUCUAAGACAUUGACAGCUGAUGAACUCUUUUACAUGAGAGUGCAAUUCGCAUUAUUUGAGCCCAACAAUGGUAGCAUAACCUUGGAGAACAUUAAGACGGCCCUGAUGAAAACUGCAACAGAUGCAAUGAAGGAUUCUCACAUUCCGGAUUUUCUUUUUUCACUUAAUGCACUUCAAUACAGAAGAAUGGGUUUUGAAGAAUUCUGUGCAGCUGCAUUAAGUGUUCAUCAGCUCGAGGCGCUUGAUCGUUGGGAACAACAUGCCCGAUGUGCAUACGAGCUUUUUGAGAAAGAUGGAAACAGGGCUAUCGUAAUUGAGGAACUCGCUUCUGUAAGAACUUGGACCUCUAUUCCAGUUCAUGCUGUUCUUAACGAUUGGAUAAGGCAUAUGGAUGGGAAGCUAAGUUUCCUCGGUUUCGUCAAAUUGUUGCGUGGUCCAUCCAGUCGAGCCCUUGCAAAGGCACAGUGAUGUGUUGUAAGAGACGUUGAUGACUCUAGGCACUAACAAUGGAAUAUCGGUUGAAUAUCAAAUGCAAUCGAAGAUGUAGCAUUGAUGCAGUGUAAAACUGGAUAUUGGUCUCUCUUUUAAGGGUGGGGGACCCAGGAAGUAUGCUUCCUUCCUACAUCCAGGCUUCAAUUUUAUGCUGAUUCUUGGAAAUGUUAUGGAACAAUUUAGAAGUCAACAAAGAUAUCACUAU